AUGGCGGGACUCUUCAGAAAAGUGUACGACUGGCUGCUGCGGACAUUUUGGGCGACGGAAAUGGAUGUGACCAUGAUCGGAUUGCAGAACGCUGGCAAAACAUCGCUCCUCCGCGUGCUCUCGGGCGGCGAAUUCGCAAUCGACUCGAUACCCACCGUUGGCUUCAAUAUGAAGCGAGUGCAACGGGGGCAUGUGACACUCAAAUGCUGGGAUUUGGGCGGUCAACCCCGCUUCCGGCCGAUGUGGGAGCGGUACUGCCGCAAUGUGAACGCCAUUGUCUUCAUUAUCGACAUCGCCGAUCUGAACCUGCUCCCCAUGGCCCGCGAAGAGCUACACGCGCUCAUGAAUCAGCCGAGCCUCGAAGGGAUCCCGCUCCUUGUGCUGGGCAAUAAAUCAGACCUGCCCAACAAGUUGUCGGUUGAUGAGCUGAUCGACGCCAUGGAUCUGAAGAACAUCGCCCACCGCGAGGUUUCGUGUUAUGGCAUCUCGGCCAAGGAGGAGACAAAUCUCGAGGCCGUACUUCAGUGGCUGAUGAAGUUUGCUAACCGAUAA